UUUUUAGUCGAUCUGACCAGCCUUCAAUCAUUCGAACAAAGAAAGCUGAAAUUAGAGCUGAAAGGGAUAGAAUUACUUCAUCUCCAUUAAUGGUAAAUGGGACUACUGAUCAGCAACGAAGUGAUACCCCUCAAUCUAGAGCUAGUUCUUCGCUUAGCCAAAGAGCUGCAGAAAUUGAAAAACGCAGAGAAUGGAGACAAGCCAGACUUCAAAGUAUGGAUGUUGAAUCUAGACGUACAGGGGAUUUGGUAAAAAUAAUUGCUAAUGCCACAACGACAGAAGCGUCAGCUUCAACAUAA